GUCAGAUUAUAGCUGAGAAAACAUCUGAGGAAGAAAAAAUAAAACAACAAGCCGAUCAGCCAGCGCGGCCGGACCGAGCCGGCUCCAGCUCCAGCUCCAUGCCGGGUCCAUUUGAGUUUUAUUCUUUUCUCUUUUAAAAACCCGGUGCUAAACAAAGGAGAUGAGGGGACUCCUGACGUUUUACCGGGGCCUAUGUACCCUGAGUAACCGCCAAGCCAGACGCAAAGCUGGGAUUGUUGGUUCUCGGUGCGGGCUUUGCGGAACUCAGUCAAACAGCAAGCAACAGCCAAGAUUCGGACUGCUGUUUGACAUUGACGGCGUGCUCAUCCGUGGAAGGCUGCCAAUCCCUGCUGCAAAAAAGGCGUUCGAGAAGUUGAUCGACUCUCAGGGACAAUUUGUGGUGCCAGUCGUUUUCGUCACAAAUGCAGGGAAUUGCCUCCGACAAACAAAAGCAGACCAACUCUCUCACAUCCUGGGUGUACCUAUUACACAAGAUCAAGUCAUCAUGUCCCAUAGUCCCCUGAGGAUGUGUAAGAAGUUUCAUGAUAAGUGUGUGCUCGUCUCAGGACAGGGACCGGUCUUGGAAAUUGCUAAAAAUGUUGGCUUUAAGAAUGUCGUCAGUGUUGAUAUGCUGAGGGAAUCGUUCCCACUGCUGGACAUGGUGGAUCACAACAGGAGACCCACAAUGCCGUCCACACCUGUCGGAAACCUCCCUAAGAUUGAAGCCGUGGUUCUGUUCGGGGAGCCGAUUCGAUGGGAGACCAACCUGCAGCUGAUAAUUGACACUUUGUUGACCAACGGUAACCUCAACGGCGUUCACCAAACCCAAAAGACGCCUCACCUCCCCCUGCUGGCCUGCAACGUGGACCUAAUGUGGAUGGCUGAGGCACAUUCUCCACGGUUUGGCCACGGGACCUUUCUUGUGUGCCUAGAGAACAUCUAUAAGAAGAUCACAGGUAAAGAUCUGAAGUACGAGGCGCUCUUGGGAAAACCCAGUGAGCUGACCUACCAUUUUGCAGAGUACCUCAUCAGAAGCCAGGCCAUGCAGAGGCAGUGGAAACUUCCCAUCACUUCCCUUUAUGCUAUAGGGGAUAACAUUAUGACUGACAUCUAUGGCGCCAAUCUAUACAACCGCUACCUGGAGGAAAGAGCUGCUAGAAAGAACCCCAAAGCCGUUGCCAAGAUGGUCUCCGCCACCGGGUCCACCACUGCGGUGCCCCAGGAGGAGGAGAGCGACAAUCUGUGGGAGAGCGAGCUGGCGCUGCCCACCGCCACUUCCUGUAAGUCUAUUCUCGUCUGCACAGGGGUCUACAACCCCAACGAAGAGGUGCCGUCUGAUGCAAACCACUGCAUCAAAGAGACCGUGUUCCACGGGCACCGGGACUUCAGAUUCGACCCUGCGCUGGUGGAGCCAGACCACAUCGUGCAGGACGUGGACAAAGCUGUCGACCGCAUCUUUGAGCAGGAGAAGUUUGUGCCUCAGUAGAGUUUUGAGCCAACAGGUUUUGUGUGAUCAUGAAGGUCCUGGUAGAGGGCAGCUGGAGCAUUAACGCCACUUAAUGUGUAAACCUGUAAGAGCCUAACACUGUGGACAUUGUUUUACCACCUGACAGGGCAUUGACAAAAUAUGGGUCAUCCUCUAAACUUUCAACGUUGAGACAAACUUUAGAGAAAAGUAAUCACGUAACUGUUACCGUCAACCGCUCUUUUAUAUUGUUUUUGUGAUAGUCUUUAAUUACCUGUUUUCAUUAAGGAAAAUUUUAAGGAACUGCCUUAUUUGACCCUACUAAGUAUUUUUUUAGAUGAUAGUAACGUUUUAGAUAAUUGCAAAUCCUGAAAUCAUCCUAUAUUUAUUACAAGACUUUACCAGUGUUUUUAAGAAGCAUAUUCAGAUAACGGUCGACCUUUAUUCUCAAGGUGAAUUUUUAUUAUUGCAUUUUAAGUCAUUUGUUUACCCAUUUAUCCUGAAAAAUCUAUGCAUGAAUAUGAGAGUAAUACUUGUACUGUAAAGCAAACCACUGUUUGAUGUGCAGUGUUGUCCUCUAAUAGUACUGUCUCUCUGCAUUUUGUCUAGUCGUGAGAGUCUUGACCAGUAUUUGCACAGAUCAGACUUUCGUCUAUGUUAAAUGUUACCAUAUCUUCCUGCCACGACCUGUUUAUUAUUACGUGGAAAUUCAUUUUUAUGCUGAAAUAUUUCAAUUCCAGAAGCAAAAGCUAUGAAGACAUUUAUUUAGAUGCAAGGACAAUGCCAGUCAAAAACUGUUACCGCUCCACAUUUCCUCAUUUGUAGUAUUUCACUCAUUGUAAAUACCUUACUGUGACAAAAUAUAAGGAAUA